UUAUGCUGGAAUGACUUGGCGGCUGGCUGAUGACUCAGGUGAUGUGUCAUACUUACACGAUAUAAAGGGGAACUUUCACAUGUGUCCACAAACACACGUACUGUACACACACACUGUACACACACACGCGUGCGCACUCCUACGCGUGCUGGAUUUUGUCUUGAAGACGCACGGAGCCCCAACAACAUGAGACCGCCGCGUGACUCCGCCUCCCGUCUUCUGCGCCUGCUCCUAUUGGUGGAGCUGCUGCGGCCGUCGCGCUGCGGCCCCGCCCACCACAAGGCCGUCCUCUGCAACACGCUCAAGUCUGCCGCCAAUCAAAUGGACGUCAUCAGGAGGACGGCGCAGCGGUUGCAACACCAUGACGACGAGGCGGCGGACGACUUGCUGGAGGCGCGACUGCAAAGUCUUCCCGUCAUCGCGACGACCGCCGCUCACUUGCGCACGUGGAAGGCCAACGAGUCGCUCUGCGGGCUGUACGCCAACGCGCUGGCUUUCCGCGCGCACGCCGAUUGGCUGAAGGCGGCCGCCGAAAACGUCAGCUUGCCCUCCGAGGCGGCGGGGGGCGCCGCCAUUCGCCUGCUGCGGCUGGCCGACCUCGUCAGGACGGCGCUCAUACAGAUGGAGGCUGUCGUCCCUUCGGCGUCCCCCCCUCCGUGGCUUCCGACGGUAUCGACGGCCUUCGAGGCUCUGCGCUACUCGACGGAGAUGUCCCGGCGCUUGAAGGUCUUCUGCAACUUCUCCAAACGCCUCGUGCGCCAUUUGCGCAGGGCGGCGAACUGUCCCACCAAAAGAAGAUGAACAGCAUCUGGGAAGUCGCACUUGGCCACCAGUUUGUCUCCCUUAGCACCUCACACUUUUUCAGUCGGUCGCCGAGGAGUUUGUGACGGAGAGGAAUGGACAACGGAAUGGUCGCCGGUCCAUCGGCCGGCUCCACGCGCCCUGGUGUUGACUGAUGAGCGAUCACGCUUCCACUCAGAGCCAAGAACGUUCGCUUUUCGAUGAAUACGGGACUGGACAAGAGAUUGGUCGCCGGUCGAAAUCAUGUCAAAUAUGCACGACCGCCCUUGGCACGUGUCGAAAGCAGGCGCGAGGAAAGAACCGACGGACUUCUCCUUGUCGUCCUGCUCCUCGCCAGCAGGGGGUCACGUGACAGGAAGUGGCAAAAGAGCCGCUUGCCACGAAGGCGCCCC